CUUCCUUGAUCACUCCCACUCUCCCAUAACCCAUUCCGCCAUGGACGUUCUCCGUUUCGCCACUACACAAUCUCCCUAUCUCCUUUGCAAACCCCUGCCGCCGGCCGCUGCCAUUGCUCCCAAUUACACCGUCAAGGCCGGCGAUGUAAGGAGAGCGAGUAGCGGAGCUUUCUUAAUUCGCGCUGCGGUCUCGAGGCCGGAGGCGCCGGUUUUGUCCACCACACCCACAGCCGCCAAGAAGCAGUUGCGGUCUGAUGACUUGCCGGUAGUGUCUUGGGACUCCUUGACCAGUGAGCCUGGACGCCUUGUUGAGAAUCCCGGUUACAUCCCAGGAAAUGAUUCAUUUACCUACGAAGCUGUAGACUAUUUGACCGCGAUAUUGUCCACUAAGGUAUACGAUGUAGCCCUUCGGUCGCCAUUGCAGCUCGCCUCGAAGCUCACGGAGAGGCUGGGGAACAAUAUCUGGUUCAAAAGGGAGGAUCUUCAACCUAUCUUCUCAUUCAAAAUUCGAGGAGCUUAUAAUAUGAUGGCUAAGCUCACAAAGGAGGAAUUGGAUAAAGGAGUUAUCUGUGCAUCUGCUGGUAAUCAUGCCCAAGGGGUUGCUUUAUCUGCACAGAAACUUGGGUGUGAUGCUGUGAUUGUAAUGCCUGUUACUACACCUGAGAUCAAGUGGAGAUCAGUUGAGGCCUUAGGGGCUACUGUUGUUCUUGAGGGGGACUCGUUCGAUGACGCACAAGCAUAUGCACAAAAGAGGGCUGACGAGGAAGGGCGCAAAAUCAUCCCUCCUUUUGAUCACCGAGAUAUCAUUGCUGGGCAGGGUACAGUUGGGAAGGAGAUCUUAAACCAAGCAAGGGGGCCAAUACAUGCAAUAUUUGUUCCUAUUGGUGGUGGUGGGCUUAUUGCAGGUCUUGCUGCCUUUGUGAAAAUGGUUAAUCCGGAUAUAAAGAUAAUCGGAGUCGAGCCACAUGAUGCAAAUUCUAUGGCAUUAGCACUACAUCAUGGUCAUAGAGUAAUGCUGGACCAAGUAGGAUCUUUUGCAGAUGGUGUAGCAGUCAAAGCUGUAGGUAAAGAAACGUUCCGCUUAUCCAAAGAAUUGAUAGAUGGAGUAGUUUUUGUUGGCCGUGAUGAAAUGGCUGCCUCAAUAAAGGAUAUGUUUGAAGAGAGAAGGAACAUUUUAGAGCCGUCGGGUGCUCUUUCCAUUGCAGGAGCUGAAGCAUACUGCAAGUAUUACAACCUCAAGGGCGAAAAUAUAAUAGUAGUAACCAGUGGAGCUAACAUGAACUUUGAUAGACUAAGAUGUAUAGCUGAGCUAGCAGAUGUUGGUGGACAACGUGAAGCUAUUCUUUCAACCAAUUUGCCUGAAGAGCCUGGCAGUUUCAAGAAAUUUGUUGAACUUGUGGGGCCCAUGAACAUUACUGAGUUCAGAUACAGAUACAGUUCUGGUCGAGCACAAAGUUUGGUACUAUACAGAGUUAGUGUUCAUACAAAAAUGGAACUUGAUGCAAUGGUGGAGAGGAUGAUACUCUCUGAUUUACAUACCAUUGAUCUCACUGAUAAUGACCUUGUCAAAGAUCAUCUACGCCAUUUGAUUGGUGGGCGAUGUAGUGUAGAAGAUGAACUUCUUUGCCGGUUUAUUUUCCCAGAGAGGCCUGGUGCCCUAUUGGAAUUUUUAGACGCUUUCAGCCCACAAUGGAAUAUAACUUUGUUCAAUUACCGUGCACAUGGAGAAGCUGGUGCGAAUGUGCUGGUGGGUCUUCAAGUUCCCAGCAACGAGAUAGAUGAGUUUAAGCAACGAGCCAACGAUCUGGGCUACGAGUAUGCUAUAGAAACCAGCGAGGCUUUCCAACUCUUGAUGAAUUAAUUAAACAGGUCCAUCAUAUCAGAGAGAGUAUCACUCAUGCUUGGUGCAAAAGUUUUAUGGCAUUUUACAAUGCUAUAGAUUUCCCAACUCCCAAUAAACCCGUUUUCAGCACUACUAUUAAUAAGGUUAUGUAAAACCAAUUGUGCAACGUUAUGACUGUAUUUCUUGAUGUUUUCUGGUAGUCUGCAUUUCACAUUACUUCCCUUAUGUAUUUUGGUAAUGCAGCAUGUUGUAUGGUUUGUCU